AUGACCAAGUGGAGCUUCUUGCUCAAGAAGCGAAAAAUCAUUUGCCAGUUUCUCAAAAAUCUUUCCACGAUGAAGUGCUACCAGUUACUGAUUUGUCUAAGUGUUUGGACACUUUGUUCUUCGGACAACUCUACCAACAACAGAGAGGGCAAACUGUUUUCAUUAUUUCAAAUCAUCCAAUUUCCGAAUGAUCCUUGUGUAUCCACAUCACGAAAUGGGACAUGCUACACAAGUGAUGAAUGUGUAAGCAAAGGAGGAUCCAGCUCUGGAACCUGUGCCCAAGGCUUUGGCGUGUGUUGUACUUUUUCUUUGACCUGUGGAAGUUCAACUUCAGAGAAUUGUACCUACUUGGUUCAGAGUGGUGUGACCUCUGUGUCGCCCAAUCCUUGCACCUACACCAUUUGCAAGUGUUCGAAUACGAUUUGCCGGAUUCGCUUCGAUUUCACGAUCUUUGACCUAGCCCCUCCAGUUCUUGGCGAAGUAUCAGACGCUCCUGUGCAAAGUCAAGGUGGCGCCAUCGGGGAUUGCACCUCAGACACAUUUUCGGUCACCUCGCCUGGAGGAUCAGGCUCUCCAAUCAUUUGUGGCAUCAACACCGGACAACACCUUAUUGUCGAUGCCUCGGAUGAAUGUAAUGUGGCCGCAUUCAGUUUGGGGGGAAUUGGUUCAACCAGUAGGAGUUGGGACAUAAAAGUGACACAAUAUGAGUGUAACAGUGGAUUAGGCGGGCCACCUGGAUGCUUACAAUAUCAUACUGGAUCUAGUGGAACAAUCUCAAGCUUCAAUUUCCCUAUUGCUAGUUCCGUCGUUGGGCCUACAGUGACUCAUUUGUCUGAUCAGCAUUAUAAUAUUUGUGUACGCCAAGAGGAGUCAAAGUGUGUUAUUUGUUAUACACCCAAAAUUCAAUCUGCAACCCCAACAGCAGCAGCACAAACCUCGUUUGGUUUAAGUCUCGACUCGGGCGCGGAUGCCCUUGAAAGCAUCAGUGGUUCGAUAUGCAGUGCUGACUAUGUUUUGAUCCCUGGCGCUCAGGACACCCCAUUGACCAUACCUGGGCCUAUUCCAGCCGUUGUCGGAGCCCUUUGUGGGCGGGCAUUCCGCGUUGAGGCCAAUGCGGCGGCAGAUAUAUAUGAUCCGGCUUCACAUGUAUCGGUUUGUUCUCGUCUCUUGCCUUUCCAAAUUGGCGUCCAUUUCGAUUCUGACGAAGUUGACGUAACUGGCACAGGAACGGAUGUUAACGAAGAAGCCAAAGCAGAUGGUGGAAUCAUCGGUUUCAGCCUUGAAUACCAGCAACUUGCCUGCUAACUAUAAUUCUUGAUUUAUCCAUGUAAUAUUUGUAUUUCUAACACUUUUGAUUUGUUCAGUUGAGUUUAUUCCAAAAAUAAAGUAAUCAAUGUCAAAAGAUAUUGAGAAUAAGAAGCAAUUCAAAA